AUGGGACCGGCAUCGCGCCUUCCGCAGCGUCAGGAGCGCUCGGAGCUUACCGCGUCGGCGAGUCUCGAGACGCCGCCGCACGCGACAUCAGCGCCACAACCAGUGCAGCGGAGUGCGCCGAAAGCACCGUUACCAGAACGAGUGGAAAGCCACAGCAUUCCUGUUCCGGGUCGCGGUACUCGAGCCUCUCUCAGGGCACGGCUCCUGACACAGCAACUGGAGCGUCGGAGUUUGCAGCCGUCGCCGGAGACGCCGCCGCCCACCAGGCCGGGCAGUGUCCCCAACGAAACGGAUGCGUUCGUCGCUGGCUCGCCAGCCGCUAUCGCACAUUCUUAUGUAGAAUAUGCGACUAGUUUUGGGCCUUACGGAACUUUAAGUAGGAGCGCUCAGAACGCUUCGAGUUCUCCCGAACAGAGCCUCCCAGAGCGAAACGCGCGUACGCCGCGGCAGACACCCGGAGCGCCGUCGUCCGCAAAGGCGCAAGCUCCAGCGAACGAUGCGCCGCUUGGGCCAGUUAGAACCGCUUCUCCGCGCUCCCGAUCUAGUUCACCGCUGUCGAGUUCGGGGCCCGUUGGUAUCGACGGCGAGCCUGCGAGCUUGAGCUAUCGGAGCAGUCCAAGCACAACGAGAAGCGUCCCCAGCAACGUCGAUGAGGAGCGUGGUGGUGCUGGUCACCCCAGCCCACACAACCUCUCUAUUGAGGAUCUGCAGGAUAUAGCGAGCAACAGGCACCUGUUCCAGCAUGCAGCAUCUGUAGAGGAGGUAUUCGCUGACUUGUCCGUAGAAGAGCGGCGGUUUACGGAGCAGCUCGCGUCCCGUCUAGUUGCACCCGCCCUGGAGACCGCAUCUGAAUCCGCUGGGCACCCAACGAAGCACUCCAGAACGCUGUCUGACGCAGCGGGUGCAGCAUCAACAACAGGGGCGCGUCCCGGAGACCGCUACGGUUUUGACAACAACAACAACAACAACAACAAGCCUCGUAUUGUGUUCUUAGGCCGAAGAAAUUGCGGCAAAACGUCGUUACACUCCGUGGUGUUUCAUCAGACCAGCGCACACGAAACGCUUUUCCUGGAAAGCACAUCUAGGAUUGUGGCUCAUGAUGUGACCUACAGCCCGUGGAUCUCCUGUCAAUUGGUAGAUACACCUGGCAUCGAUACUGUCUUCUGGGAGCAUGCUUCUAGAGGGGACACUUCCGGUACCGCAGAUUCGAGUGGACCAGCCUGCCAAGCGGAGGUAGCCACCGAGGAGCACCCCCAGACGCAGCGUGCUCAAUUACCGCCUGUUGAAUCUUCGACACUGAACGGCGAGAACGCUACCCUAUCCGAGUCGUUGAGCACUGAACCUGCUUCGGUCGUUGUCGUCGACGCAAGUUGCAGGGAGGAUCCGCGCGACGCGGCCUCGUGCGAAGCGCUGCCCACGAAGCGGUCCGUUUCCGACCCCGACGAGGCAAGUCCGUCCAUGAGCGCCUCGAUACCGACGCAACUCGAGCCUGCUGCUGAGCUGCCUGCUGCGCUGCGCACGCUUCUCGACGCAGCGGAUGCACUGGUCUACGUUAUUGACAGCAGCACCACAGCGGAAGCUUUCGCAGUGGAUGAACUGCAGCGGUUAUUGGCCUACUGGCGUACACUCUGCAGAACCGGUGACCACAGGAGCACCCGCUAUCCCCACGUCUGGGUCUGUCUGCACAAAGCUGAUCUCGCAAAUAGCGCAGAGCAGGAGCAGACCGCCGACGCACUUGGCAACUGGGCGAAAACCGCCGACUUUUGGGAUCAUUGGUAUCAGGCACUUGGGUGCUGUGCCCCGCUCCUACUCCAGAACGACAGUAGACGCAGCCCAGACGACGCUGCGCACUCCUUUGAGACGCCUACAUCGUGUACCAUUGAGGACGUGUGUUUGCAGGUCUGGCGUACAAGCAUCUACGACGACUCGUGUGUUCAGAGUAUGGCGAAUCUACUGCGUGCACUGCUGCCGCAACUCUUGCUGCUACAGCGGGACCUUGAAGCAUUUGUUCAGGAUAGCGGUGUGUCUGGUGCUUUUGUCUUCGACACGUUCACGCGACUGUGCCUGGCGGAGGUCAUCGGCACGGCCGCAGUGUCACGCUACCGAGCGCUGGCUGCCGAAUGGACGCUAUUGGCUCGCGAGUGGUCCUUGACUUGGCUCCCUUCGGAGCCGAGCAAGUCCGCAUCACUUGUCGAUGAAAGCCCGGAGCGAUCUGCGGUCCACUGGACUGGUCUGGUGGAUGCCCACGGCGAGCACGCGAGCAUGCAGUUAUCCAACGGCGAUCAACUCUGUACACAAGUGCUUUCGCCGGUGCUUGUGCUCGUCUACGUUCAGGCAGAGGCGUCCUCUGGCGCUGAACACACCCGAUGGCAUCCAGGCAAAGCAACUGAAACGUUGGAUAUGGCCCUUGCGUCGAUGCGGACGUGA